AUGGCAAACAGGAGGCGUAGAAACACUGCCGGAGCUGAUGAGAUUGCUAACGCAAUCCACAGGAUGGUGGAUGCUGUGCAGCCCGUGGCAGCGCCCCCGCGGGCUAUGAUUCCACCUGUCAGACCAGUGACCAUGGAGGACUUCAUGCGUCACAAACCGGCUAAAUUCACUGGGAAAGCCACCCCGGAUGAGGCGGAUGCGUGGCUCCGAGAGUGCGAGAAGAUAUUCAGGGUGAUAGAGUGCACAGAGGCGCAGAAGCUAAAUUUUGCCACCUUCCUAUUAGUAACUGAAGCUGAGUAUUGGUGGAUGAGUAUGCAGCAACAGAUGAUAAAUAGAGCUGAAGAUGUGACUUGGGCCAACUUCAGGACGAGGUUCCUGGAGAAAUAUUUUCCUGACAGCGCUAAACAUGAGCGCGAGGCAGAGUUUCUCACCCUGCAGCAGGGAAACUUGUUUGUGGAGGACUACGUGGAGAGAUUUGAGUAUCUCUCGAGAUUCUACUCCCAGACAGUGACGGAGGAGUGGCGCUGUAGAAAGUUUGGGGGCGGCCUCAAGCAUGAACUGAGGCGUUUCAUCGUGCCACUGAGGGUGCGAGAGUUUCCUAUCUUGGUGGAGCAAGCCAAGAGUGUGGAGCAGCUGGAGAAGGGACCCAGCCUUGUUAACCGUACCCAGAGGAACAGUGCUGAAGGCAGAGUCCAGAAGAAGCCCUACAAUAGACCAGCCCCGUCUUCAUGGAAACCGAGGUGCUAUAACUGCGGGGGUGAACAUCUGCAGCGAAAUUGUACUAGACCCACCCGUAGCGGAGGCAGUGGCAUAGGCACUCGUAAGUGCUAUGCCUGUGAUCAGCCAGGACAUUUUGCCGAUAGAUGUCCUAAUAGGAAGACUGCACCAGCAUCACGACUUCAGCCAUCUUCUUCCGACAGGCCGAGAGCCGUAGGCCGGGUUUUUGCCAUGACUAGCACAGAGGCCACCCGGUCAGGUAACCUGAUUCUGGACCAGUGUUUACUUUAUGGUAACAGUGUGUUAGUGUUGUUUGAUUCAGGAGCUUCGCACUCCUUCAUAUCCCAUGAUUGUGUGAAGAAAUUGGGGUUGUCCACUCGUGACCUUGGAUGCGAGUUGAUAGUCUCGACACCCGCAUCUGGACAGGUUUCAACAAACGUAGCCUGUGUUGGAUGCUUGAUGGAGGUGGAGGGCAGACGCUUCAAGGUGAAUCUAGUUUGUUUGCCCUUGGAGGGAUUGGACGUCAUACUGGGAAUGGACUGGUUGUCUAUCAACCAUGUGGUGCUUGAUUGUGGACGGCGCAGAAUUGUGUUCCCAGAAACAGAAGGGAUAGAGUUGGUAACGUCUGGAGAGGCAGUGAAAGAGAUGAAGAGAGGGUCGACGUGUUUUGUGAUAGUGGCCCAAGAAAAGAAAAUGAGUACAGAAGAGCAGAUCAGUAAGAUACCGGUGGUGGACGAAUAUGCCGAUGUAUUUCCAGACGAGAUACCCGAGUUACCACCCAGCCGGGAUAUAGAUUUCUCAAUUGAUCUAAUCCCUGGAGCGGGCCCAGUGUCGGCAGCGCCUUAUAGAAUGGCACCGGCUGAAUUAGCAGAGUUGAAGAAUCAGAUAGAAGACCUGCUAGAGAAGAAAUUCAUCCGACCCAGCGCUUCACCGUGGGGAGCCCCGGUGUUAUUAGUGAAGAAGAAAGACGGUAGUUCUCGACUGUGCGUCGAUUAUCGUCAGUUGAACAAGUUGACGAUAAAGAACAAGUACCCACUGCCUAGAAUCGAUGACUUACUUGAUCAGCUCAGAGGGAUCUUAGUCAAACCGGAGGAUGUCCAGAAGACAGCCUUUAGAUCGAGAUAUGGACAUUACGAAUAUGUCGUGAUGCCCUUUGGAGUGACAAACGCCCCAGCUGUCUUCAUGGAUUAUAUGAACCGCAUCUUCAGACCAUAUCUGGACAAAUUUGUGGUAGUAUUUAUAGAUGAUAUUCUCAUCUACUCUCAGACUAGGGAGGAGCAUGCAGGCCAUCUGAGAAUCGUGCUGGAAGUAUUAAGAGAACACCAACUGUACGGUAAACUAUCAAAAUGUGAAUUCUGGUUGGACGAAGUGCAGUUUCUGGGGCAUGUGAUUUCCUCACGUGGUAUAUCAGUGGACCCGAGUAAGAUUGAGACAGUGUUGAAAUGGGAGAGACCGUAG